CAUAAUUUGGGACAAAAUGUUCCGCAGAAUCAGCCGACGUUUCCUCUUCACCACUCUCCUCUGUUUCUCUGUUUCGCUCUCUCUACAAAAUUUCUCCAUGAACAUACUUAACAAGCUCGGUAUCGGAUCAAGUAGACAAACCAACAUGAAUCUUUCUCCAACCGCUCAAGGUCCCGACGAAGACGCUCCGGCGCCGGGAAACCAGUUUGCUCAAUUCGGCGCCGGUUGUUUCUGGAGCGUGGAAUUAGCGUACCAGAGAGUUCCAGGAGUGACUCAAACCGAGGUUGGCUAUUCUCAAGGGAUCACUCACAAUCCUUCUUACGAAGAUGUUUGUUCAGGUACCACGAAUCAUGCCGAGAUUGUUCGUGUUCAAUAUGAUCCCAAAGAGUGUAGUUAUGAGUCGCUGCUUGAUUUGUUCUGGUCUAAGCAUGAUCCUACCACUUUGAAUCGCCAGGGAAACGAUGUGGGAACUCAAUACCGAUCAGGGAUAUAUUUCUACAAUCCGGAGCAAGAGAAAUUGGCACGCGAGUCACUGGAGCGUCACCAGCAACAAGUGGACAGGAAGGUUGUGACAGAGAUCUUACCGGCUAAGAAAUUUUACAGAGCUGAGGAACAUCACCAGCAAUACUUGUCUAAAGGAGGACGGUUUGGUCUCAAGCAAUCCACGGCAAAAGGCUGCAAGGACCCAAUCCGCUGCUACGGGUAAAAGCCUUGGUUCUAACCAAAAGCAGAGGAUGCUUCCACUUAUCUAUUAUAGAGACUAUAUAGCUGUUGUGUGUAGAGAUUGCAAUUCUCGUUGAAAAUAAAGAAGCUACGGCUACUUAUGUAACUUGUUCUUGUUCAUAAAACUUAAAUAAGUGUUCAAUCCUUUA